GUCAACUACCUACGAUCACUCUGCUAAUACAACAAAGAAGCCAUUCACUCACUGACUUUACACCAGCACCCAGCUUCAGGUGCAUUCUCUGACGAAAACCACCACAGCUGGGCAUCGUUGAGACCUAGUCAUCCCGCUAGCUCGAGCAUGACAAGCAGGUGAUCCAUCUAUCACGCCCAUUCCACCUCCGAUUCCCCCGCCCUCCCGAGCCACCGCUCUCGACCGUCUCGCGAAGCCUCCCACCCGGAGAGGGCCUGUGCAAGAUGGAUUCCAUCUGGCCCACUCUGUCGGCCUUUCCCACAGCUAGAGAUGCCACCGGCUCGAAGAAGCAGCUUGACGCCGUCCUCAAAGACCAUGCACAAGCUGUCAAGCAGCUCCUAGGUUCCCAUCGCCAGGUCAUCGCAGCCAACGUUGGCCAGAUCCUUGCAAAACUCGAUCCUGCGGAAAACUCCCUCGCGUUUCUCUGUGUCCUCCAUGCGUCGUUGGACCCUCGCCACCCCCCAGCUGGCAUUGACCGAACCGCGCUCCUCGACGAAACGCUCCGGUUUCUCCUCAACUUCGACCCACUUCAGAUUAGAUACUCCGGUUUAUCGUUCCGGAAGCUUCUGGAGACUAUAGCAGCUGGUCAAGUGUUCUCGUCCCUUGUCUCUAUUGAGGCACUAGCCUCCGCGAUGCUGCGAAUGGAUCCUAGCGGUAGCAUGUUCACAUCUACACAUCUGAUGUUGGUGAAAUAUGCGUACGAAUCGUCGUGGAUUGAGCCGGCUUUGAAGGUUCUCGACUGUGACAUCACCUUCUAUCCAGGAAUGGCUGGUCAGAGGGACGCAAGGCUGCUAUGCGACCCCAGCAUUUCUCCAGCCUCUUACAUCUCUGUCGAUACGGGAUUGACCGAGUCCGUUAAAAGCGCAUCGGUGCUGGAGUACAAUCUCCUGUCUGGCCUGUGUUAUAUGACGAGAAAGGAUUGGACCAGGGCCUAUCGGGCCCUAGAGCGAGUCAUCACACAUCCUUCAAGAGACAAGGGAGUGUCCAAAAUUAUGGAUGAGGCGUACAAAAGAUGGGUGCUAGUGGGGCUCCUGAAAGACGGAAAGGAACCUACUCUCCCUCCCUAUACCGCCGCCUCAGCCAAGACUACUUACGCCACCUUGGGGCUGCCAUACAAGAGCGUCGCGGGUCUCUUUUCCACAAACAAUGCGACACAAUUAAAUGGCGAGGUGGAAGGAAAUCAUCACAUUUGGGAGGAAGACAAUAACCUUGCUCUCAUCACUGAGGUGGUGGCAGCUUAUCAAAAGUGGCAGAUCAUCAACCUCAGAGACAUCUUCAAAGAAAUAUCGAUCUCCCAGCUGCGAUGGGUGACACUCAGUGCCGAAACCGGUGAAUCGCUUGAGAGCGACGACGAGGUUUGGAACCUAGUGAGCGAAAUGAUUGAGUCAAACUUGCUCAAGGGAGAGCUACUCCAGGGAAGUAGCGGCGAAGACACAUAUCUCAAGUUCCACGACGAGAGCGAUUUUAUGACAGAGACGGACUUUGCAAGAGAAAUCGCCCAACGCCAUCACAACAUUGAGAGCUUAGGAAAGCAGUACCAGGCAGCAAACGAGCGCCUAAGCAGCAGCAAGGAAUACGUGAGGCACAUGGUUAGAGAGCAGAAGAGGGCGGAAAAGGACGGAACCGAUCCUGGUCUUGGUUUUGAUUCGCAGGUAGAAGACGAGGACUUGAUGACUGGCAUCAUGGCGCAUGGUUGAGUUGCUCUCAAGAAGAGGUACUGACGACAACAUUGAGACAACUCUGGUGGACGCCGGGUGUAUGAAGUAGAACAGAUCAGGGUGAGGAGUGGCUAUAUGCCUCACGAAUUAUGGGAAAUGAAGGAAUGCCGCGUAGUUCCAGCUCUCAAAAUGGGGAGAGUUGAGACACAGGUUAUCACACUGUGACUGUCCCGUACUACCGACCAAGAUUUAAUGCCGAGAUAUUCUCGUAAAGUUCAUUGCCAUGACGCUCAGUGCCCUGACUGGAGUUUUAUCUUUGAGUAUUAGUGGUUGUACGCAUUAAAUCCAACAUAGGUAGGGGAGCGACUCUACCC